GUUUGUGAAUGGUGAAUUUCCAAUUUUUUUUGUUGUUGAAAAAAAAUUCCUGAUUACAUCAUGAUGGCCAAGUAGCCAUUUUGAUGAUUUGAUUGAAUAAAAGUGAUUUUUUUUUCUGGAAUGUAAAAAAUAUGUGAUAAAUUUUUAAAAUUUUGAAAUAAAAUUUCCGGUUCUGUGUUGAUCAAUCAAACAUUCGGGAUUCGACCGACCAACUAAACCGACCGAAUUAUUCUUCGGAAUUAUACACCAAGUGCCAAAAGUGUUAUCUGCUUACCGGUGAUGUGUUGUUUGUUUUGCUGAUCACACACAUACACACAGAAAAUCCAACGAAAAAAAAUGGCAACGAUAAUAAAAUUUAGUAAAAAUCUUUUCACCAUUUCAUUAUGGAUGAUGUUAAUAACGAUAACAAACAUUCAAUCAUCAUUUGAUCAUCAUCAUCAACAACAAUCACAUUAUUCAUAUAAUGAUGAUGAUGAUUUAUUAUUAUCCAGUUCAUCAUCAUCAUCAUAUCAUCGUACAUCACAUUUAUCAGGUCAAUCGAAUCAAUUACAACAAUCAUAUCGAUGUUCAUUGGAUGAACAGGAUUUACCGAAGAAAAAAUUAGUCUGUUUUUAUCGUGUUGAAGAUGAAUAUCGUCCAUAUGAUUUGGAUCCUUGUCUAUGUACACAUAUUGUUUAUUCGUAUGUUGCUGUUAAGGAAAAUUUUGCUUUUAUUGCCGGUAAAAAAGGUGACCUAAAAUAUUUAUCAGCAUUACGUAAUCGUAAUCCUUCGGUAAAAAUUAUUGUAUCAUUACGACCAACUGGCCAGGCAUUUAAUUUGGAAGAUCCAAAAAAUAUUACCUAUCCAUUACCGGCUUCGAAUACGUUAAGACAUCGUUUUGCCAAACGUAUACGUGAUUUUAUAACACGUCAUAAUCUAGAUGGCGUCGAUAUUGAUUAUGAAUAUUUUAAAAUGGAUAAUAAUUCUAAUAAUCAAAAACGACAAUAUUUAAUAUCGAUUAUGCAGUCAAUAAGCGAAAGUCUUAAACAGAAUAAUGGUGGUGGUGAUAAUAAAACUAUUUUAACAUUAACAACAUCACGUUAUCCAAAACAUUUAGCCGAUUAUUAUGAUUUUGCACAAAUUAACAAAUAUGUUGAUUUUAUAAACAUACCGGCUUUCAACUUUGAUCAAGAAGGUAAUACAUUAAUUCAUCCAGCUAAACUACAUGGAAUGUCUGAAAUGGAAAAUAUGGAUGCAAUAAUCGAUCUAGCAUUUGCACUUGGCCUACCAUCCAAUCAAUUAGUGAUUGGUGUACCAACAUUUGGUACAUUAUAUCGUAUGUCAAAUCAAAGUCAAUCAACACCUGGUUCAAAAGCAAUCGGUUGGAUUGCAAAUAAUCAACCAAUCACUACUAUUUCUCAUUCAAAGAUCUGUGAUGUUCGUGAUAAAAUUAAUUGGACUUUGGUACGUGAAAAAGAUCUUUCAGCACCUUAUAUCUACAAUAAUGAUAAAUGGAUUGGUUUUGAUGAUGAAAUUAGUAUCAAAUUAAAGGCCAAAUAUAUUGUACUAAGACGUGCUGGUGGUAUGGCAUUUUUUCAUCUGAAUGAUGAUGAUAAUCAAAAUCAUUGUGGCCUUGGUUCAUAUCCAUUAUUACGUUCAGCAUUAUCUGUAUUUACACAGGUUGCAACUGUUGAUAAUGAUGAUUUAAAUCGUAAAAAUUAUCCAUUACCAUUUUUUAAUACAAGUCAACAAUUUUUUCAAUCAUUUUUAAAUAUUGUACAAAAAUAUGGUAAUGUUGAACGUAUUAUUGAUGAUGAUGAUCAAGAUCAAGAUGAUACAAUAUUACCAUGUAAUCAUAAUGGUUAUAUGAGACAUCCAGAAGAUUGUACACGUUUUUAUCGUUGUUUAAAGCUUCAAUCACGUGAUUCAUCUGUACAAAAAUUACAAUAUAAUUGUCCACCUGGUUUAGUUUUUGACGAAUAUUUUCAAAUAUGUAAUUGGCCAUCAUGGUCACCAACAUGUAUAGGAUCGGGUGAAAUAUCAUCAACUAUACGAUCAAGUUUUCAUUGUACAAAACCUGGAUUUUAUCAAGAUCAAGAAAAUUGUGAAUAUUUUCAUUAUUGUUCUGAUUUGGGUAAAUCUUUUCUACAAUCAUAUGAAUUUAAAUGUCCAUUCGAAUUGGGUUUUGAUCAAGAAAAACUUCAAUGUAAUUGGAAAUGGUUAGUAAAAGGUUGUCCAUAUAUACCACCUGAAGAAAGAAUUGUUAAAGAUUUACAUGAUAUUCUACCACAUGAUAUUAAUGUUGGUGGUGGUAAUGGUGGUGGUGGUUCAGAUAAAAUUGAACCAGCAUCAAGUGAUAUAUCAGCAAUGAUACAACAAGUAUUACGUGCACAACAACAAGCAACAUCAAUGGACAAUGAUAAUAAUUUUGGUGAUGAAUCUUCAAUGAUGAUGAUGUCUGAUGAUGAUUUUGAAGAACGUUCGGAUCAUAGCUCCGAUGAUUUGAUUGCAGCACAACAUAAUCAAAUUCCAAUUAUAACCGAUCCACCAUCAGAUUCACAACAACAAGAUCAAACAACUGGACGAUCAAAAUCGAAAAAAUUUUCCUAUUUAAAUUUAUCAAAAAUUGAUGAAAUUUAUAAACGAAAUUCAUCAUAUAUGCAACGAUUACAAGCGAUUACAAAUUAUUUUUCUUCGUUAUUAUCAAGAAUACGAUUCUGGAAUCCAGCUAAUAGCGGUAGCAGCAGUUCUUCAAUAAAAUCACGUGCCGAUCAUCAACCCAGUGAUAACAAAUGGUUAAAAAAUCCAUUCAAUCGUAUUUCAAUACCAAAAUUUCCAAAAUCAUUGAAAAAAUCAAAAGAUAAUCAAUCAGAUGUAAAUCGAAAAAGAAAAUCCUUAUCAUCAUCGUCGGAAACAAUGGCAACAUCGACGACAACAAAAUCACCACCAACAAGACAUAAGAAAAGUGUUUUCAAUAAAGUUCCACGUUUACCAAAAUUUUCAAAACGUAAACGAAUAACAGCUGAUAAAUCAGCAGCAUCACAACGAAAUCAAAAAACAUCAAAAAAAUCUGGACAAAAUUUGAAAAAUUAUCCGGGAAUACAAUCAUCCACCGGAUUUAGUCAAUUGAAUCAUCCACAAAUGUUACCAAUGUUUAUGGCUGAAGAAAGUAUUCAUAUACCACAAUUUAUUCAGCCGCCACCAAUGUCACAUCAUCAUUUUAAUCAUCAACAUCAAUCAUCAAAUUCUUAUCGUGGUCCAUCACAACAAGCAAAUCCAUCAUCGUCAUUCCAGAUGCAUUCAGCUGAAUCAAUUAUGAAACCAAUCUCCAUUCCGAUGUCAUCAUCGAAUAAUAAUCAAUUUAAUAAAUUAAAUCAAUAUCAUCAAUCAAAUAUAUUUAAUGAUUAUCAUCAUUUAGCUGCUAGUGAUUCAUUUCCAAUCAGUUCAUUUGUUGAUCCACCAUCCUUACCACCAAAAAAAUCAUCAAAUUAUUUCAAUAAUGUAAAUCUUGAUGCACAUCAAUCAUCACCAUUAGUUAUGAUUAGUACAACGGAUGAACAAAAACCACAAUUAUAUCAUCAUUCAUAUGGUCUACCAUCGGUCAAUAUUAGAUAUUCAUAUCUCAACAAUGAACAAAAGCAACAACAACAAUUACCAAAUACACCAAAGCCAUCGAUUGUACAGGCACCACAGCAACAACAACAACCGCUAAAAAUUGAAGCAACCAAAAUGAAUUUCCCGGAUCAUUUACUUAGUGAAGAUGAAUUGAAUAGUGCUGAUAUGCAAUUGGAACAAUUUCUACGUUCAAAAUUUAUAUCAACAUUACCAUUUAAUAAUAAACAAUUAUUAACAUUACCUGAAUCAUCAUUACCGCCACAAUUACAACGACCAAAAUCAUUACCGACUACACGUUCACCAUCAUCAUCAAAUCGAUAUCAAUCAAAUCAACAUCAUCAAUUGCUUUUACCACAACAUAGUGCUGUUACUGGAUUACCAUUAACAUCGGUUAAACAAUCAGAUUUGAAUUCAGUAUUGAAUCGUCAUGUUAUUAAUUAUCAUCAACAACAACAACAAUUUAAUUAUCCAACAACGAUAAAACCAUCAUCAACGGCUGCUGGUCAAUUGAAUAAAUUUUCAAGUUUUAUUACAUCAUCCGAUUGGUUUAAUAAUGAACGGCAAAAAUUUUUUGAACAAAAUCGUCAAUUACAAUUACAAAAACAACAACAACAACAACAGCAAAGAACAACAACAACAACUACGACAACAACAACAACCACACAACGUCCAACAACAAUAAAACCAAAAAUCAUUCAACAACAACAAUCAUUUAAACCAAUAUCAGCAUCAUCAUUACCGACAUCAAAAACACCGGUUAAUUAUAAAUUAACACCAAUAACCGAUAAUGUUUUUGAAUUGAAUAAACAACCAGCAUCAAAUCAUCAUCAUAAUCAUAAUCAAUAUCAGCCGAAACCACAAAGAUUAUCAUCACCAAAACCAAAAGUUGCAAAACCAAUAUCAACAACAUAUCAAGAUAAUCAUCCAAUAGAUUUAGUUCGUAAUCGUUUACGACCACAAAUCAAAUAUGAUUCAUAUGAAUGGACAACACCAUCAAGUUUAAAAGAUGAUAAAAUGAAUGUAAAUUUCAAUCUUAUGACUGCUAAAGAUAUUGAUGAUGAAAUUAAUCGAAAAAAACAUAUGUUUGUUCAUAAUAAUGAAAAUGAUAAUAGUGGUGAUCAACAAGCAUUUCGACCAUUAACAAAUGGUCAGCCAUCAAUUGAUUAUAAUCGUCAUAAUUUUUUCCCACCGAUCGGUGAUGUUUUUGAACAUUAUACAUCGACAACUUCGGAAAAACCAAAAGAACAACAAUCAUCAACGACAACAACAAAAUCAAUGUAUACAGCAGCUAGUUAUGCAACUGAUAAUGAUGAUGAUAUGGAAAGAUCAACACAACAUACAACACCAGUACCAUGGUUAUCAACAUUGAAUAAUGACAAUAGUCGUCAUUAUCAUCAUCAAAGACCACAGAAUUAUCAUCAUGGUAAUAUCAACGAUACAAAUGAAUAUAUAAUGUUAAUGUUAAAUAAAGCUGUUAAUGGUGGUAAUGGUAAUGAUAAUGAUCAAACAUUUAUACAAAGUUUAUUGGAAUUAUUACGACAAACUGGUCAGGAAAAUAUGGGAAAAUUUUAUAAUGUUCAAAGUGGUGGUAGUAUAAAUGGUGGUGAAACAAUUUUAGCAUUAUUACCGGAUAAACCAAAUCGUCCAUUUGUUUAUAAAGGUGAAAAUUCAUUAUUGAAAAAUCUAAGUUUAUAUGGUGGUCAUCGUGGUCAUAAUCAUGGUGGUCUUUUAGAUUCAAAUCUUUUACCAUCAACAAUUGCCGAUCAAAUGCUUAAGCUUGAUAUUUCAAAACCAGAUUCCGAAGUUUUACAAGCAAUUUUUAAUAAAGUUAAAAAUGAAUUACAAGGUACUGAAAAAUUGAUACCAUAUGAUAUUGAUGGUUAUCCUGGUGCAUCAGUUGAUGUAUCAUCAGCACAUCAAGCAAGACGUAUUCCACCUGGUCGUAUAAAUGAUGUUCCUCGAGAUAUUUUACCAUUUACAAAACCAUUUACAUUAAAAGCUAGAACAACAACAACAACUACGACGACAACAACAACAACUAUACCAACAACAACUGCAGCAACAACAACAACAAUUCCAUCAACAACAAGACAAUCAUCAUGGCCAUCAAUCGAUAAUUAUGAUCAUUAUGAUGAUAAUUAUAAUAAUAAUGAUGAUAAUGAUGAUGAUAAUUCAAGAAUAAUUGUACCAAAUUAUCCACCACCAAGAAUGUCAAAUAAUAAUAAUAAUAAUAAUCGUAGUUCAAAUGUUUGGUAUCAAGAUGUACCACAUUUAGUUGAUGAUCAACAUGUUGAUGGUAUUUAUACAACAGAAGAAUCACGAAUACGUAAUCCAACGACGACAACAACAACAACCGCAUCUUAUCCACCACCAACAACAACAACAACAUCGACAACAACAACAACUGAAUCUACAAUUCAAUAUCAACCAUCAUCAUCAGCACCAAAAAUAUCGAAUCCACAACGAAGACCAAAUGGUCGUCGACCAGAAUAUGGACAUAGACAACGUGGUCAUCAAUUACAUCGGCAACCACAGCCGCAAUUUUCAAAAACAACAUCGACAACGACACCAUCAACUAUAACACCAUCUAUUGAUCAUAAUCAACAUCAUCAUGAACGACAAAAAUUUACUGGACAUUUUGGACAAAAACUUAAUGUCGUUGCUGGUGGUGGUGUUGAUGAAACAAUGGUCAAUGGUAAUCAAAAUAUAGAUGAUAUUAAUGAUUCAGAACGAAAUGUUUUCUAUGAAGAAGAUGAAUUAUUAUCACCUGAUUUUCAUGAUUUAAGAUAUCCUGAAAAUCAAAAUUAUCAUCAAAAACAACGACAACGACAACGUCAACGAUCAUCAACAACAACGACAACGACAACAACAAAAGCACCAACAACUAUAACAACAACAACAACAACACAAAAACCAAUAACUGAAUCAAACAAAAUCCAAACAAAUUCGAAUGAAAAUACCUAUUAUCCUGAAUCAACAAUACAUAAUUUGAUGCCGGAUAAAUCUGGUAUACCUGAAUCAGCAUGUACACGGCCAGGUAUAUUUCAACAUCCAAAUGAUUGUAAUAAAUAUUAUGAAUGUUAUUGGGAUAAACAUAUAAACAAAUUUACAUUGAAUCCAUUUGAAUGUCCAGUAAAAUUAGCAUUUGAUUCACGUAUUAUUGGUUGUGCAUCACCAAAUGAUCCAACAGUUUGUGUACAGUAUUAAAAAAC